CCAAUCGUAACUUUUGCUCUUCAUGUUGGUGAAUAGCGAUCUAUGUGCUUAGGUUGCUUUGCUUUGAAAUCAUUCUAAUUUUUGAGAAUAUGAACGGGCUAUAUCUUAAAAGAUUUGAUAUAACUGAUGGAAAUCUAAUGACAAAGAAUAAUGUCUGCUGUUUGUGAAUCGAAUCUCGCCCCUGUGGGUGGCCAGAGACUUUUUCUGAAAUCUCCAAAUCCAAAUCCACCGCCGUUAUUGCUUGCAAUGGUAGCAUACCCUUGCGUAUGAAGCAGCAGCCGGCCCGGAGUGACCUCGCACACUCAGCAUUACAAAAAACGAAUUAGAAACCGUCGUGCGAUGGGAGCCGAUCAGAGUACGAGAAACGGUGUAGAGCGGCAACCUUCAGCGUGGGGUUAAGCGAUCUCCGACAGGGCAUCGAGCUGCUCCCUACAGUAUUUCUUGCCACCAGGAACUACCUGUCGCAGCACCAGCCUUUUGCCGCAAGAACAAGGGGGCGGUCCUAGCGAAGAUCUAUGAUCGUAUAAUUUCAAUCAGACGAAUUCUGAUCUCUCGCAGUUGCAGAGCUCUGCCUACUAGUUCAAGAUGAAUGCUCAAACGGGUGUGUGGCAUUUGCGGAAAGUGCGGAUCCGGUUUUCGCACACAGGAGGGUCUAGUCGCGGUGUCCGAUUUCAUUUCGCACACUUGAUGGACGAGUGGAAGAAGCGAAAUCCACGAGUAGAAAUCGUCAUGCAGCACUCGCAAUUCGAGCACCCACAAAUGACAGCUGAAUGGCGGUAACUAACUAGUAUAGAUACUUGUUUUCAUCAGGUACUAUGUGGUUGUGGAGAGUAGAAAUUGCUACAGCUUCUGUUUGUGAAGAGUACUUAGAAGUAUUCAUGUCAAGAAAACGUCCAGUGAGCCUCAAAAUUAUUUGAUCAGAUCCGGCGAGUGUCAAACAGUGUGCCUUCGAAAUAUGAACGCGCAGCAGCUCGAUGUGAUGAUGGAUUUGUUUCGGAAUUCGGAGUCUCCGAACCUUUUCUUGAAGCAUGGUGGUCCACGAGUUUGGACGGAACGACGAAGUAUUCAAGGCAUGUGGCAGCCGAGUUACGAAGGAAUGGCUGCUGCCCUGAAGUGGGCGCAUACACGCGACAAGAAGACAGCCCGACUAAAAUACUCUGCGUUCAGUCUGAAACUGUCGCAACAAGCAUGGCGCGGUGAGGGCCGAUGGGGAGACGAGCGACAAGUCCGGAGAGGCUUUGACAGAGACCUGCUCAAAGCCGUUUUCAUAGAACCAUUUUUGCCAGGAACGCGAGCGACGGAGCAGCCUGGGGUAUCGCAAGCAGGAAUAGCGGGAAAACAUCGCUGGUGGCGACCACAAGCGAUGGCGCCUGGUGCAGACGAGGCUACUAUUAGCGCUGAUGCUGAUGCCUCACGCGAGGAAAGGGAGACCUCGUACGCGGAGACCGACAACGGGAGCGAAGUAGAGGUCGAUCCAGAGACAUCUUGUAACGAGGAUAGCAGCGAUAGAAGGACCGGGAAAUCAAAGCGAGGCAUCGAGGCAACUAGUAAUGCAGUGGACGCUAGCAACGGCGAACACGACGACGGUUUCUGUGACGAAAAUGACGACGCUACAGAUGACGACGCUACAGCUGACGAGGAAGACAUAGAAGAGGGUGAUGGAUCGGAGGCUUUGGGAUCAGCUCGCAGUGGAGCAAGAUUGAACGGGGAUAUAGAGGCUUUCAUGCGGGCAGGCGAUGCAGAGGAAGAGCACGCAUGGACAAAAUCUAGCAGGGACGCCCCUGAUGGCAUCACGUAGCUGGCUGACGUCUGAAUUUCAAUAGUGACUGCACUUGAUCGAAUUCGAUAGAUGUGACAAAAUUAAUGACUGCACGACAUAGAUAGUGGAUUGUCUAAUCCAAGACACCGGGAUCUUGGACGCUUGAUACUAAUGCGCAAUUCUGAAUAUUUCAUACGCAGACAUGACAUGACACGCGCAGCAGGAAACGCGUGAGUACGCACGCUGCGGCCACGGAGCAGACGACCUCCGGUGUCGCUCCAAGUCUUCCAAAGCUCCUCUUUCCGAGAGACGAGAGGAGUGCUGUAGUGUUGGCCAGUCACUCUCUUAAGAUCCCGUAGCAUAAUCUUUUGAAAAUAGCUCUGCAUGAUUCGCGUCUUUCCUCA